GAGAAAGAGAAAGAAGAGGAGAGGGCAACAAGCGAGGUGGCUUAACGUGGAGCUGGCAUCUGAUUCCAGUUGUUAUUGUUGCUGUAUUACAGAACUUGUCGUCCAGAAAACCAGCCAGUAUGAGCGCCCCAAAUGAAGGCGGCGCGGGAGGUGGCGCAGGAGCUGUGGGAGGCGGCGGCGGAAGUACAGCUACAGCACCAUCAGCCCCCCUGAAAACCAUUAAGAUACGCACCCAGCCAUUUCUUCCUCAUGCACCAACAUUGCUGUCAUCAAUUCAAGCCACUUCUUCAUCAUCAUCAUCGGUGGCGUCCGCACCUGCAUCCGCAUCCGCACCCGCAUCCGCAUCCCUGGUAUCACAUUCAAAUCCGCCCUUUCAGCUGCGCGGCGUCAUUAACAAGUACUCAUUGCCGUCCACUCAUUUGCUUCAAUCCUCUGCAGCGCACUCGGCGGUGGCCGCCAAGAUCACCCAUGUCAAGUCGGACGGCGGCGGAGGGAUCUCCAUAUCGGGCACGCCCAUCCUCAGCGGCGGGACCAUCAAGGUGGCAGCCGCCAAUGCCGUUCAGCAGCCCAUUGCUCUGAACACGGGACAGGCCACCACGGCAGCUUCCAUCAGGGCCAUCGGGGCAGGAGGGCAGUCCACGCAGGUGCGUGUCGUCAUGCCCAUGAUCAAGCAGCUGGAAAACGUGACGGCGACGGGUAGGACCCAGAUUACGGCUAUACCGGCAGCUCCGGCCAGAAGUGUCUCGAAUGCUUCCAUCACCGUAACCAGACCUGUGACCCAGGCCACAUAUCUGCCGAGGGCCAGCGUCACAGCCACCCAGAUGGGUGGUGUGGGAGUGGGCCAGCGCCUGGUGACACCCCUCAGGGCCACAUCGACCGGCUCGGCUACUGUUACACCAGCAGCGCCCACCGGAAUCAGCACCGCUGGUGGCUUUGUCCGCGGGACAACAGCAUCAGUGAGCCGGAGUGGAGUGGCGGUGUCUACACAGCCACCAUCCACAGUGAUCUCGUCCAGCAACAGUGCCGCCUGGAUGCAGAGUCCCACGGGACAGGUCCAACUGAUCCGUGCCAUCCCCCAGCCCCGUCAGAGGAUCAUAACCACGUCGGCGGGCGUCAGUAGUGCCAAUGUGGUGACCACGGCUACUCCGGUCCAAGCCCCAACGGCUCUCUCCGUAUCUGCUGCCCAAACGUUGGCUCCACAAUCCACGGGACCGGCAGGUGCUCCCCAAGCUUACGUGGCCACUGUUCUGCCACAACGACAGCACCAAGCCACUCUUGUCUACUCCUCCAAUGUGUCCACCCCGAACGCUAAUCCCAAUCCUGGCCAGCAGUUUAAUUCUCGCUUUGCUGUGGCCACGCCCACUGGGGGAGUAACGACCACCACACCCGGAGGAACCACCGUGACGUCGCGUCAAGUGCGACCCAUAUCGUUGGGCAAGGGCUUCACGGGAGCCAAGCUGAACACAACGAGCAUCAGUAUCAGGGCACCGCACCCUCAGCUUAAUGCCAGCGUGACACCUUCCCCGACGCCGGUUAGUGUCUCGGGAGGAGCAACAGUGGCGCCGGGCCGAGGGCCUGGAGGGGCAGGAGCUGCUCUGACGGCCACGAAUCUGCCCACCACGCGGAUCAUCCAACUGCAGCAGCCGGCGACGGCAGCCACGCAGCAGAUUAUCGGAUCGGCAGCUCGCCUGGCCGGCAAUGUGAUGCUGCAGCCCUUUUUGAUGAGCACCUCGGCGGCAGCUAAGAUGGGCAUCCGUCCACCAGUCACCAUGACAUCCAAGUCGCAGCCCUCAUUGACCAUCACGCAGCUAAAUCCCAUCGGCAAACUGUCCACGGCCGGAGCCACUGGCACUCCGACCAUGACUCCCCAAGGAGUGACCAGCAUCCAGGCGGUGCCAGUGCCCAGUGUCUCCGCCAGUGUGGUGACUCCCAGCCCGGUAACCGGUGCGACUGCAGCUGCCGGGGGAGCCACUGUUUUGCCACUGACCAUUAGCGGCAGGGGAGAAGCUGUCGGACCUGGAGGCAACAUCCUCACGGGCACCUUGACUCCCAUUAAGAAUGCCAGUGGCAUCACAGUGGGCAAGAUGAUGAUGGCACCGUCCACGGCCGCAGCACAAGGAUCGGAGGUCACUGUCAGCAGUGGGGCUACAGUGACCGGAUUUCAGCGUACUUGGAAUCCAGUAGUGGCCUCCCAGAGCCAGCUGAUGAAGAUCGACGAAAAGGGAAGCGCAGCUACAAUCUACUACGAAUCAAUGCCGGCAUCCUCGUCCACCGGUGUGCUCUCGCUGACCACAACCACUGUGACUCAGAGCAGCCAGUCCCAGGCCCAACUGGUCAGCAGUGCUGGGGGAAGCAGCUUAUCCGUGUCCUCGCUGCCAUUUGCCACCCAUGCGUCAGCAACAUCGGGAUCGGCAGGUUCCGGGUCGCAGGCAACCUUUACGGUUCUACCGUCUGGAGCUGCGGGAGCGACAGCCACCCGGACCAUCGGCCAUCAGCAAUUGAUAAUCCCGACGGCGGCGAACAGUGCACCGCCCCAGCACAUGGUCAUCCCGUUGCAUACGUCCGUGAAGGUCACCACGGGAGCAGGAAACCCGCAGCCGGCGGGCGCAAGUGGAGCACUGGUGUCCAACUUUAUGCGCAAGCGAGACGCCGAGGGAUCGCCCAUCCGAGCAGCCAAGAACCUGGGACCCACUCUGCUCUCCAUGGCAAGCAAUACCAGCAGUGCCACCAGUUCGGGUUCCACCUACAGCCUGAAGCCCGUUUUUGUGGCAGUGCCCUCGUCGGUUAGCUCGGCCCUCACUGUGGAGGCUCUGGCCAAGAAGGAGAGGGAACGGGUGGCCCAUGGAGCCACCAGUAAUGCCCCCACGGUAUCUUCUGUUGAGGCUGCCAUCUCCACCUUGAGAAAUCUUCGUGCCGAGUCCCCGGCAUCAUCGGAUGGCUCGACUACAGUGUCGGCGAACUCAUCGCCAGGCGUGGAUCAGCAGUUGCAGGACAGGAUUGGCGAGCCAUCGGCAUCAAGGGCUAGUGGUCGCGACAAUGCCACGCACUUCAAUCCCAUAAAUGAGAUGUACUCCUCGCAUCAGGGACACUCGUCUAUGGGACCUCGUGCUGGCGCUUUCGUAGAUGUCCAGGCACCAACGCCACAGCAGCAGCAACCCCAGCAGCCGACGCCCCACGUGGCAGGAUCGGCCCAGUUGGCACAGCAGCCAGGAACGCGAAUGAAUGGCACCGGCAGCAGCUCCAGCUCGAGCUACGAUUGUUCCGCCAGGAAGAAGCCACGUAGAUCCACUAAUGACAGUCAGCACUCAACCCAGAGCCAGGCAUCCCUAUCCCUGCCACCACCGAGUGCCGAGCCCGCACCCGCUGCUGCAGCAGCCUACAUGCAGAAGCACAACAAUGGAGGCUUACUGGUGGCAGCACCCGCCCCGGUAGUGGCUCCCAACAGUGCCCCAGUCGAGGCCAACCAUCGGAACAGCACCCCAGCAGUUGCGGGCAACAAGGAGAACGCCAAUCCCGUGGACUUUGUCAUAAAGCGUCCGCGCAAUUGUGCUUUGCUCAACACCUAUAAGCCCACCCACAAGCUGGCCACCAAUCACUUCCAUCGAUACACCGAUGUGAAGCCCAGGGAAGAGCGACGAGCCACAGUGAUAGACUUGGCCAAUCAACCGAAUGUGCGGGAGAAGAUCAAUGGAUGGAAGAUAUAUCACUUAAGGACGCAAAUGGAGGACUUGAACGAAUCAGAGAUGGUCAGCCUGGGGCAGCUGGAAACCAUGCUGCAAGCUCUGGAAAAGGACAAGGAUAAGCACAGCGAUAUAGAGCGCGUCAGUGAGCUGCUCAAGGGCAACAUCCAGCGCAGUAAGAUCAUCACCGACGGCAUCAACGAGGCCCAGAACCAGCUCAUGAAAAUCUUCGAGCACAAGCCCCACGUCUCCGACAUCAUCAGCCGCUGUGCCUCCAAGCGGAACUUCAAGAAGCGCGAAAAGAUGUAGACCACUGACGGAAGGAGGAGUGAUACAUCCAUGUGUAUUCAUACCUUGUACAUUUUUUGCCUACUUUAAGAUUAGACAGUUUUACCUUAGCGCUACAGACUAUCGACCAUUAGAGAAGAACGGCAAUAUUUUUUAGUUUUCUUAAUUAAGCCACCAGAACAUAAAUACAAAGUUUAAGAGUUGUAUAA